AAAGCAAGGAUUUGCAGAGAGAUCACAGAAUGCAAUAUAUACCUUCUUAACACGUCCGUCUUCAGCAGACAGCCUGGAAGACGUUCUUCUGUUCUUCAGAAAGCAGGUGUAAAGAGAGAAGUUGGCAACAUGUCUGAUAAACGCAUGUCCAGCAGUAAAAAACAUGCCCUUAAGGGCCAGAUGCUCCUGGUUGCAAAAGACCUGCUGGAUGCAGAAGAUAUCGAGAAAAAAGAGGAGAGGAAGAGGUACAUGGAGGAACACUGCCCACCAUUAUCAUACCCAAGCUCCAAAGACGAACUCCAGGCCCUUUGCAGAGACUUACAUGAAAAAAUCGAUGUUCUGGAUGAGGAGAGAUAUGUUCUAGAGCACAAAGCCAUCAUGGUCGUCAAUGAGGUCAUAGAUUUAAACAUCAAAAUCAUCGACCUAAAGGGCAAGUUCAAGAAGCCUCCUCUGAAGAAAGUCCGCAUGUCGGCCGACGCUAUGCUUCAGGCUCUGCUGGGAUCCAAACACAAGGUGUCCAUGGACCUGAGGGCCAACCUGAAACAAGUCAAGAAGGAGGUCAAAGAGGAGGAUAAAGAACUGCGUGAUGUUGGUGACUGGCGUAAGAACAUUGAGGAUAAGUCUGGCAUGGGCGGCAGGAAGAAGAUGUUUGAAUCUGAAGCAUGAAGACAGUUUGUGACAGUCGAUGAUGAGUCCUUCAUCUCUAGUACUACUCACAGUUUCUGCAGUAUAUGGACAAUUCCACAUCUAGUCCAUAGACAUGCAAAUCAUUGUCAAACGAAUUAUGUUCACAUUAUGUUCUCUUCCUGAACAGGGAACUGUACAAUUGUAGUCAUUGAUUAAAUGUUUGUCAAAAUGAUGCUUUUUCUAAAUAAAUAACUCAACACAGAUAAUUGUUUUUUUAAUAUUUAAAACAAUUGUCUUUGCAAAUUUUUUAUUGAAUUUAAAGGAAAAGUGUGUCAUAUUUUGCGCUUAUAGUGGCAUCAAAGAAACCGAAAAAAAUCAAACACUUCUAACAUUAGUCUUUCACAUCUCACACCCACGUCUCACACCAUUGGUUAAGCCAAUGUGGCCUAUAGUCGGACUGCUCAGUUAGACACUUUGGACACAGUUAGAAAAUUAAUCUAUGAUUAUUAUCUAUCAAUCUGUGAAAUUAUUUCAAAAUAAAAAAAACUAUAAUAAAAUAAUAAUAAUUAUAUGAAGAGUUUGGUUCCAAAAUGAGAUAACUCAGUUUUUAGAAUUUUUCAAAAAUCAUGUUUUUUAUUUUGCAUUCCAAUUAAUAUCAAUCAAACCGCAGUUGGUUUGUUUUGAUUUAAGCCAUAAAAAUACAGCUCACUAACACAAUAAAAACAUGAUAAUGUAAUAGAAAACAUUAUUUUUGAAAAUGUUUAAAAACGGAGUUAUGUCAUUUUGGAACCAAACUCUUCAUAUACACAUAAAUAAAAUAAAAAUGACACACUUCCUCCUUAAAUGUAUAUAUUUUUAAAAAUGGCUUAAAACUAAACAAUAUCGUCACUGUCCUUCUGAAACCUUGUAUGUCCAAAUUUGCUAUUUUUCAGGAAAUGGCAAAAAACACUGUACUUUUUAAAUGAUUAAAUACUGUGUUGUCAAAGUUAACAAGCACUUUUUAUUGGUUGGAUAUUUGCAAAACCCAGUAAAAAACAUAAACAGUGAGUAAUAAUAAUGAUUCAUGGCGAAAAAUCAAAAUCGCAAAAUAUGGAAAUAGGAGGUUUCAGAAGGACAGGAAGGACAUUUAUAAAAUGAUAAAAAAACGAUAUUUCGGUGGAUGUCACCAGCUAGCAUAGCCACAAUUUCAUAAUCAUAAAGGUAAGAAGUCUUUCAAUCUAUGUACAGGUAAUAUCCAGUCUCAUGUUAAAAUAUGAUUGCAAUAUUUUGUCAUUCUUGCAGAAUGAUGUCAUGUAUGUCUUCAUGAGUGAAGCCGAGAUGCAAAAAAUCUCCCUGGGAGAUGUGCACUAAAGUCUGACUCUAUCGAUGUGUGCUGUGAUCCACUGGUAUUAGCAACAUGGCAGUUCCUCACAGAGAAAUCUGAGGUUUGCUGAGCCAUCAAAGAAUGCCGUUAAAACCCGUCAUUGCCUUUCAACGAGAUUAAUCAUGUGAGUGCAGAAAGAGAGAUGGGGUGAAAAGUGGAAGAGUCUACAGAGACAUCUAUUGGUCGCAUUUGGAACUGCAGACAGCAGCACUAACGGACGGAUAAUGACAAAACAAACAUCAACUCAUCAGUGAAACGGGCCAAGAUGGUUUGAAACUGAUGGUGGUGAGAGAAUAAUAGGUGGCCAACAUGUCUGA